GUUAGAUGAGGGUGGAUGUAUAAAUAGGACCAGACAUGUUUAGUAGUUGGUGGUAACUGUCUUCUCCUCUCUUCGAAUACACGAAAAUGAAGAGAAUUAUUCUACUUUUUCUAUUGUUUUCUGCUUGUCAAGCGCACUGGAUGAAGCAGUACAUUGAUACAGAUGAUGAAGAAGAGCCGAUUUCUACAUGGAAACAUGGUUUAGGUAAGAGAAACUCUUGGUGGACGAAGAGAGCUUAUGAAAAUAAGCCAUUUUCGGAAUUUAAUAAGGAAACAUCGAAAUCCAAACGAAAUACGUGGUGGACCAAAAAGUCAAAAUUGAUGCAAGACGAUAGUAAUGAAGUCGAAGAAGAAGACAACUUCACAGUCGAGAAUCUACUACCCACUAAAAAAGCAUGGUGGACAUUUUCUGAUGACUGAAAACUUCGG